GUUUAGUUAAUUUUUUCUUCUGUUCUGUUUAGUUUAUUUUAUAUUAUUUUUAGUAACUAUGUAUUCUAUUAAAAAAUGAUCCAAUACUCUUAUGUUAUUUUGCUACUUUUUACAUUAAUAACUUUAAUACAAUGCGAAAAACAAUUUCGGCUUGGUCGAAGUAAAGGUGGUAACUUAGGAGCACCGGCUGGAGACGAAAAUCAGAAAAUUCAUGAUUUACCUCCUAAACAAUGGUUUAAACAAAAACUAGAUCAUUUUUCUGCUACAGACACAAGAAUAUGGAAACAACGAUAUUUUGUCAAUGAAAGCUUUUAUGAUUUCAAUAAUCCUGGCCCAGUUUUUCUUAUGAUUGGUGGAGAAGGGCCAGCUGAUGCAAGAUGGAUGGUGAAAGGUGCUUGGAUAGAAUAUGCCAAAAUUUUUAAAGCAAUGUGUAUACAAUUAGAGCAUCGCUAUUAUGGAGAAAGUCACCCUACUAAGGACAUCAGCACAAAAAAUUUGCAGUACCUCUCUUCACAGCAGGCACUUGCAGACCUAGCAUACUUUAUAAACAAAAUGAAUGAUAAAUAUAAGUUCAAUAAACAAGUGAAAUGGGUUGCAUUUGGUGGAUCCUACCCAGGUUCCUUGGCAGCUUGGUUGCGGCUCAAGUACCCACAUUUAGUUCAUGCCUCUAUAUCUUCCAGUGGACCAUUGCUUGCAAAAGUUAAUUUCAUGGAAUAUUAUCAGGUUGUUGUGAAUGCAUUAAGAGAAAAAACUGGUGGUGAUGAAUGUGUUACACAGUUAAAACUAGCUCAUCAACAGAUUAAAUCUAUGAUGAAAACAGAUCCAGAAACUGUUGAAAAGGAAUUUAGGGUCUGCAAGCCUUUCUCUAAAGCUUCCAAAGAUGACAUCAAGAACUUUUAUAACUCCAUCGCAGACGAUUUCGCCGAUCUCGUUCAAUACAAUGAAGAUAAUCGAAUAAGUGCUGAUAUGCGUUAUAAAAAUUUAACUAUAAAUACGGUGUGCCAAAUGAUAACAGAGCCAAGUGGUAAGCCAGCAUAUCGUAAGCUGGCAGCUUUCAAUUCCAUAAUAUUAGAAAAAUCAAACCAAACAUGCUUGGACUACAGCUACGACAAUAUGAUUGAAGAACUAAGAAAUGUUACUUGGGGAUCAGAAGGAGCUCGUCAGUGGAUGUACCAGACCUGUACGGAAUUUGGUUUUUACCAAACGUCGUCAGGCGAAGUGGAAGUAUUUGGUGAUUUCUUCCCGCUCAGUUUCUUCAUUCAACAAUGUCAAGAUGUAUUUGGACCGAAAUUCGAUGCCGGCUUCGUUAGCGAGGUCGCGGACUCUACGAACAACUGCUACGGUGGUCUAACCAUAGGUGUGAAGCGAGUCGCGUAUAUUCAUGGAUCGGUGGAUCCCUGGCACGCCCUCGGAAUGACGACUACAGAAGAAGAGGAUGCGCCUGCCAUCUUCAUCAAAGGGACGGCACACUGUGCGAACAUGUAUCCUCCGAGCGCCUCUGACUCUGCUCAACUGCUAGAAGCACGGACUGAAAUUCGUCAGUACCUCGAAUUAUGGCUGAACCUUCCUUGACGCACUGGCAUCACGAGGCUCUGAAGAAUAGGUUAGCUCCUUGUCACGUGGGGUCUACGACAUCAUCUUACGUAACGUCUUCGUUCAGGGCAACUUUAUCGACGACAGAUUUGAGUUUAUUUUAUGUAUCAAUUUCAAUGUUUAUUUAAUAUUCGACGUUAUUAUAUUUGUGGAUCUGAUAUAAGUGCGCAUUUAUGCAUAUCGAAUACAAUACGUUUCGUCAUUUGUAUUUGGUGGACGGGACGGAGACUAUCGUACACCAAAGUGCUUCACGGAGCACUCGGGCUCGUUAGUAUUCGUUUACGGGGAAUAUACAUCUUCUGUUUGGGCUCGCUGUAAAGUUCAUGAUCACGAAGAGUUUUGCCUUCUUGGGAAAAAGUUAAAUGCUCUAACAUCUCAAUGCAGACAUCUUAGACGCAGAGUUGACAGUCUGUAAGUCAAAUUUGUAAACCGCCAAUUUAAAGAAGUGGGGUCUUAUUACUAGUACCCGCUGAU